CCCUCCCCACUCACACCCCUUCCCACAAAACCAUUAUCACAAUGCUCCCAUUCGCCAACUACUACAUUUCUACCUCAUCCAUGUCCGAGAACAAUGUUAACAACAUCAAGAGGAGGAAGAAGAAACGUCCGAUGAUGGUUUAUGGAGGCGGAGGAGAUGAUUUGGCGGUGGUGAAGGCGGCGGCGUGGGCUUGGUAUCAAAGGAAGGAAGGCAAACCGAUUAUGAGAGAGUUUGAGAUAACAAGAGCACCGAGAACACCUCGACCUUCGCGUUACAAGAUCGAAGCUACAAAGAACAUGAUCCUCUCUGACAACAAGGUUUUAGCCGAGAAUAGGGUUUCUAAGUCUUCCCUUUGGUACAACAAUUUCCAUUAUCAAGAAGAUCAAGAAACCCAAUACUCUCGUCUACUAGACACGUACGAGAUCAAGAACUUUUCAAGAAGGCUUAAUUUUGAUGAUCCUAGUUUAUCCGUGAGUUUGAGAAGUGCUUUCAUGCACGACGAUAAUCAUAAUCAUGAUCAUGGUAUGUUAAAGAGAAUUCUCUAUGAUAAGACUACUAGUAGUAGUGGAAAUAAUGAUAACAAGAAUUUCAUGAAAAAAGUGAGCAAAAGAAGUUUGUGGAAGGGACUGAUUGUUAUGGGUCCAGUGUCUACGGUUUGUGGGAGAAGCGAUGACGUGAAUUUACGGGCUUCUACGGCUAGCCGGAGAACAGUUAAGGUUUCUGCGGCUGCUGAGGCUCUACUCAGGUCGGCAGCUAGUGGCAAGACUCAGACCGGUCGUCGCUAACUUUAGUGGUUAGUAGGAUGGAAAGAUUAUUUGAACAAUUUUUUAAAAUUCGUACAUUAAUAAUGUUUCUGUAUUUUAUUAACUAGCUGUGUAUUUCUUCGUUGCAAAAAAAAAAAAAGCUGUGUAUUUCUUCCAGUUUCAGUACAUAUGUACAUCUAUUUUUUUCAAAUUAAUAUGUACAUUUUCGGGAAAAUGACAAAAUAAAAUAGUGAAUUUG